AUGACUGUCAUCAACGGAAAGGGAAACUCCACCUUCCUCUUUACAAGCGAGAGUGUCGGAGAAGGACAUCCUGACAAGAUCUGCGACCAAGUCUCGGACGCCAUCCUCGAUGCCUGCCUCAAGGAGGACCCCCUCUCCAAGGUCGCUUGCGAGACCGCCGCUAAGACCGGUAUGAUCAUGGUCUUCGGUGAAAUCACCACCAAGGCCCACCUCGACUACCAGAAGAUCAUCCGCGGUGCCAUCAAGGACAUUGGCUAUGACAGCUCCGACAAGGGCUUCGACUACAAGACAUGCAACGUCCUCGUUGCUAUCGAGCAGCAGUCGCCCGACAUUGCUCAGGGUCUCCACUACGAGGAGGCUCUCGAGAAGCUCGGUGCUGGAGACCAGGGUAUCAUGUUCGGAUAUGCCACCGACGAGACCCCCGAGCUCCUCCCUCUUACCGUCCUCCUCUCCCACAAGCUGAACUCGGCUAUGACCGCUGCCCGCAAGGACGGCUCUCUGCCAUGGCUCCGACCCGACACCAAGACUCAGGUCACCGUUGAGUACGCCCACGAUGGCGGUGCCGUCGUCCCUCUCCGCGUUGACACCGUCGUCGUGUCUGCCCAGCACAGCGAGGACAUUACCACCGAGAAGCUCCGUGAGGAGAUCAAGGAGAAGAUCAUCAAGAAGGUCAUCCCCGAGAAGAUGCUCGAUGACAAGACCGUCUACCACAUCCAACCCUCCGGUCUCUUCAUCAUCGGUGGUCCUCAGGGUGACGCCGGUCUCACCGGACGUAAGAUCAUCGUCGACACCUACGGUGGCUGGGGUGCCCACGGAGGUGGUGCUUUCUCCGGAAAGGACUACUCCAAGGUCGACCGUUCCGCCGCGUACCUUGCGCGCUGGAUCGCCAAGUCUCUGGUUCAGGCCAAGCUGGCCCGCCGCGCACUCGUGCAGCUGUCCUACGCCAUCGGUGUCGCCGAGCCCCUCUCCCUCUUCGUCGAGACCUACGGCACCUCGGAGCGCUCCUCCGACGAGCUCGUCGAGAUUGUCAAGAACAACUUCGAUCUCCGCCCCGGUGUCAUCGUCAAGGAGCUCAACCUCAUCAACCCCAUCUACUUCCAGACCGCCAAGAACGGUCACUUCACCAACCAGGACUUCACAUGGGAGAAGCCCAAGGAGCUCAAGUUCUAA